UGAGAGAUGGUUUACAAUUUUGUGCGCCGGAUUGGUAAAAUCGCACCUCAAGGGCACAGUGGUGUACGAUAUGGUGAUGAUAAUGCUCAGUUUUGUGGAUUAAGCUAAUUCGAGAUCUCAGAAACAAUAUAAUUUUCCAUUGGAUGGGACAAGGUGAAAAGCUCGUAUUUGUGUAAGAAAGUAUCU